UUAGGUGGGGACUGGGUAUAACAGCACUGACAUGCCGAUGAGCAGGUCACAGGAAAUCCUACCAUUGGGUGAGGAUGAACCUUUCAUAUCUGGUGUCUUAUUUAACUUUCUGUACAGUGCUCUAAGAUUUUAUAGGUAAGUAGAUUCAAGUUAGGGUACGUUGCAGUCAUUUCGUUUUUAAUUGGCAGAUGCAGGCUCCUGCUCAGCAGAACAUGGCUCCCAUGGUGAUAAGUUCCUCAGUCCCCAGCCCCUUGCUGAGUCUGCCUCUGCCCCUCAACUCAGCACCAUUUUCCGACACCCGACCUCCUCUGCUGUGACACAGGUGGCUUUGCUCAGUGUGGGCUGGCCUUAGAAUUAAGACCUGGGGUCUCAUAUUUUAAAAUGGAAGGUCAUUUGCAGAGCCUUUGAGUUUUUGUGGAAGAGGGUCUGAAGAUCCCAGGUGCCAAGUAAUGGCCAAGUCAAGAUAGAGAGUCAGGGCAGGGGCUCUGGAUGCCCCUACCGUGCAGUGUGCCCCCAGGCGGAUCACUUAACCUCGCUGAGUCUGGGAGGUGGUGUAAUCUUGCCUCUUCUGGAGGCGUUGGUGUGGUUGUGAUGGUACAUGGGAAAUGGCUUUGUGGAGAGCUAAUGGCCAUGUUCUGUCAUUCGUCACUCUUUUCUUGGGCUGUGGCAUGUGAUGAGAACUCAGUAAAUUGACCAGACAAUGCAUAGACAGCCGGAAGCUCACACAGAGGGCCUGGUCUGCUUUGGGGGAGGACCCCUGGGUAUGUAUGGAUCCCAGUGCACACCUGGCAGUUAGUAGAUGUCUGCUGAAUUGAAAUACAGUGACGUACCUUGGCGAGAACCCACGUGUGCUCUCAGCCAGUCCACACACCUUGCUUUCUGCUUGCCUUGCUCUUGUACAUGCCCACAUCCCCAGAAGGAAGGACACACACAAUCUCUGUGGUUGGACUGGGACCCAGCCUCAGGCACGGAGUGAGGAGCCAGGGAAGGAAAAGGGGCCUCUGAUUCAGGUUCAGCCCCGUAAAGAAAGCCAUCUUUUCACACUUGUGGCUAAGCACUGAAAUGUAUGACAUCCGAUCCCAGCAGAUGGUGUCCUGGAAGUCUCCAUGGGGCAUGUUUUCAGCUCUCCUAAUUCCUGUUACAAAUUUACCAAAAGAUCAUCUGAAAGUUUAUUUAAAUUUUUCUCACAUUUAUUUAGCCUUGUGAAAUGUUAAUAAGUUUAAUUUUUUGUUUUAGGCAAUGCUUGCUAUCUUCAGUUGGAGGGACUGACUUUUCACGUGGUGUAUUUUUGACGACUUCAAGCCUAUCUUGGAUAGAGAAUAUUUAAUCAUUUAGCUAAAAUGGUAUUUUUUACAUGCAAUGCAUGUGGUGAAUCAGUGAAGAAAGUACAAGUGGAGAAACAUGUGGCUAUUUGCAGGAGCUGCGAGUGCCUAUCUUGCAUUGACUGUGGUAAAGACUUCUGGGGCGAGGAUUAUAAAAACCAUGUGAAGUGUAUAAGUGAAAACCAGAAGUAUGGCGGCAAAGGCUACGAAGGGAAGGCCCACAGAGGCGACCUCAAGCAGCAGGCGUGGCUUCAGAAAGUAAAUGAAUUAAUAAAAAGACCCAAUGUCAGCCCCAAAGUGAGAGAACUUUUAGAACAAAUUAGUGGUUUUGACAACAUUCCCAGGAAAAAGGCAAAAUUUCAGAAUUGGAUGAAGAACAGUUUAAAAGUUUAUAAUGAAUCGAUUCUGGAGCAGGUGUGGAGUAUCUUUUCUGAAGCUUCCAGCAACGAACCAGUCAAUAAAGGGCACAAUCAACAGCCACUCAACCAAGUGGCAAAACCACCUGCAGAAAUCUCCACCACGGUGGCCCCUUCCAAAGCAAGUGACCCCACGCAAGGACACGCAGAGGCGAAGAGGAGUAAGAGGGAGAGGAAGGAAGAGCGGCAGAAGAAAAGGAAGAAAGAAAAGAAAGAGCUAAGAUUAGAAAACCAGCACCAGAAGGCCAGGAGCCAGAAGUCUAAAAUGCGCAAAAUGAGGCAGGAGGCCGAGCAGGAGGCUGGAGGGGAGGGUGCCCCCGAGGCCACGGGCCCCACAGGGAACAAGAGCCAGAGGAAGAAGAACAAAGGCCAGCGUGCAGAGGACCGGGGCGUGAACGGAGCCGUAGACCAGAACGCGACAAACCGCGGUCCAGGGAAAAGGAAGCGGAAGCUUUCCGAAGUUGAAGCAUAUUCUAAGAAGAAAAAGACCAAGUUCCCAGAACGUGCUGAGGGUGGAGAACCAGAAAACCAUGAGGCUCCUGCGAAAGGUAAAUUCAAUUGGAAGGGAACUAUUAAAGCAGUUCUGAAGCAGGCCCCGGACAAUGAAAUCGCAAUAAAAAAGCUAAGGAAAAAGGUCCUAGCUCAGUAUUACGCUGUGACAGACGAACACCACAGGUCGGAGGAGGAACUUCUGGGCAUCUUCAACAAGAAAGUCAGCAAGAACCCCGCCUUCCAGUUACUGAAGGACAAAGUCAAACUUCUGAAAUGAACAUUUUAUAUUUAUAAACAGUCCAUUCUGUUGAUUUCUUCCUUUCACUGCUGUUUGUAAAACAUAAUGAGUAACUCCUCAAAUUUUGCUUUCUUGUAAGAAAAUAUAUAUUUUUGGUAGACCUUUUAUGAGAAAAUAAACUAUAUUGUCCUGAACCCUCCAGUA